AUGGCUGUGGGUUUGGCAGACAGUCCCUUCCAUGAGCACUUGCGGGCCUUGACAGCCGAGUACGAGAGGCUGCUCAUUGAAAACAAGGAGCUACGACAGGGCAGUCACGUGGCAUCCUCCUCCAUUUGGAGCCUUCGCCACCAGGACUUUGGAGCAGCACCCAACCAGCCAGUGACCGCGAACUUCAUUGAGGGCGUGGAGAGUGAGUCUCUACAGCUCCCGCACAUGCCGAGUGUUACACAUAAGUUGCCGCCAGGAUUACCGCAGUCAAUGUCUGUGAAGACGCUCAAAACGCCCAGUGCCAGCACGCCAACACCAAAGGCGAGCCCCAAGGCCGCAGCCAACAAGGCGAAGCGGGCCAGAUCAGAGGAGGAAGAGUCUGAGGAGAAUGCAACAUUGCUCCUCCUUUUGGACGUGAUUCCAGCCAUUGUUAUCUUCCUCAGUGCAAUAGUUGCCGGGCUUAGCGCUGAUAUCGUGCCCGAUCAUGAGGUGUGGAGAAUUUUUGAGAUUGCCUUUACCGUCUUCUUCAUCGGCGAGAUCUUUGUCAAGAUCAGGGUCUUUGGCGGACGGGAGUUCCUUUGUGGGGCGGACUGGUAUUGGAGUUGGUUUGAUAUUUCAUGCGUGAUUCUCGCCGUAUUUGAUUUAACGCUCACCUAUGUCAGCGAAGCCGCAGGCGUUGAAGCUGAUGCAGGACCCAUCACCUCUCUGAAAAUGUUGAAGUUGGCCCGCCUGGGUCGCAUCAUCCGACUGCUGAAGUUCAAAAUAUUCCAGGAGCUGAAGCUUAUGAUCCAAGGCGUCUUCACCGGCCUCAGGGUGCUAUUUUGGGCGGUCGUACUUCUGAUGAUGUCCAUGUACUUGCUUGGGGUCAUUACUAAAACCUUGUUCAACGAAUACCAGUACCCGGAGUUUCAGACGGUCCCAUCUGCUAUGUUCACAUGGUUCCGCUGCUUCACGGAUGGCUGCUCCGCGUAUGAUGGUACGCCCCUUCAAGAAAGAGUUCGGAAGGAUUUUGGAGGUGUCUUCAUGCUGGCUUACAUCUUGCUCUUCCUCUUCGUUACAAUCGGGAUCUUCAAUUUGAUUAUGGCCGUGUUCAUUGACAAUGUGGCUGACGGAAGCACCAAGAAACGCCAGCGCCAAUUGGGUCAGAACCAAGCAAAGACUGAGUGGGUAAUCGCCUCAGUCCUCAGACGCAUCAUCCUUACGAAGCUUCUGCGACAAGAUUUGGAACAGGAGAUGGCAGAGGGGAAAGGCGAGGGCCGUCGAGUUUCCAAGAUGUUAGAUCAGCGGAUCCUUUCAUUGCAGGAGAUGUAUGGCUUCAAGCCGCACACUGCGCAGGAGUACGAGCAGCUGACGGAUCAGAUUCGUGAACAGAUGGCUGAGCGCAAUGUGGUUGUCACGAAGGACGAGUUCAAUCAGUGGCUAUCGACGGACAAGGAACUCAUUGAUCGGUUGGAUGAGUCUGAGAUUGAUCUCUCUUGCAAGUCUGAUCUCUUCGAUGUCCUGGACGCGGACUUGAGUGGCGAGCUGGAGUUCGAAGAGAUGAUCGAUGGACUUCUGAAAUGCCGCGGGCCCGCCUCGAAGACGGACAUCAUUGCGGUACGGCUGAAGACUGCGUUCCUUGUGCGCAUGCUCCUUAAGGUUUGUGAGAAGCUCGGCAUUGAAGACCCGUGA